UUAAAAGUUAUGCUUUUUGUAAACAUCCGUCCUGUGAGACCGCGACAACUUUAGCCGGAUUAUGCACUCAAAAUUUUGGUAACAACUUCAGUUUCAAAAAGUUUGGAAAUUAAACUGUUUGUGAAUAGGAGGCAAUUGUCAGUUACAUCUGAACCAAAGUUAAAAAAGAGAACUACAGUUGAAAUCCUAGCCAUCUCAUUUACAACGGAAUGAAAAGGGUUUAAACCAUGAUGUAGUUCAAAGUAAGAGAUGAGGAAAGCCAUAUUAGAAUGGACUUUGAACCCCUGACACCCCCAGGAACCCAUUGUGGACCUGACAUGACUCUAGUACUUUCCUCUACCCCUAACUCGUUCGUGGGUAUGAAGGGAUCACCUCAAAAGUUUGGCUUGGACCAAGAAUCUGAAUCAGUUAGACUCUUCAAUGUUAACAAGCACACUGAUCUUGAGAAAUCAGGGUCAGGUCCAAGCUUCAACAGCUUACCAUCACCAUUAUCUAUCUGCAAAACAUCCCAAAAAAUGGAGACACCCAUCACAGAAAAUAAAGAAAUGAAUGAUAUGGAAGAGGAAAUGUCCGAACUAGAGGAUGAUGAUGAACCAAUCAUUUGUGAUGAUUGUAACACAGACUUUCCAUCACUACAGCAAUUUCUCGAUCAUAAAUGUACAAAACUAGAUGGUUCAAAUAAAAGUAACAUGAUACGAGAGUAUUGUCGAACACCUAGUAAUGCUAGCGAAUUAAGUGAAGGGGAGAGUUUUGAUGGACGAAUUGUUUAUAAUCCAGAUGGAUCCGCAUAUAUUUUGGAGGAUGGUGAUUCUAGUCUGAGUGACCUUGACUCUUUAAUUGGAGUUUCUAAUCAGCAAGAAUUAAUUGUUGAUAAGAAAGGAAGUGACACUGUCUCUCAAGUCCCAGCUUUGCCACAAAUUGCCAAUGCCAUAUUUGUUCCCAGAAAUCCAAGCUAUGAUCCUUCACGAGAAUAUUUGUCUCAGGCACCUAUGAUGUUUAGUUAUAAAGUGUAUGAUAUGCGCUCAGGCAAAAGUGAAAAUGAUGAAAAGUCAAGCAAGACUGAUGAUGAUAGUCUAUCUACCUCUGAAGAAAGUCAGGACUUCACAAAUGUUCCUACUAAGCCAAUUCUGAUGUGUUUCAUUUGUAAAUUGUCUUUUGGAUACAGUAAGUCUUUCAUAGCACAUGCUGUUUCUGAACAUUCUAUGAUAUUGAAUGAAGAUGAAAAGAGAGUAAUGUUGCGUAAAAAUUCAUCAGCUAUAAUACAGUGUGUUGGUACAAAGAAAGAGCCAUUGAUGUCAUUCUUAAAGCCAAGAGCACUGAAAAAUCCUACUUCUGGAAGAGAUAUGCUUUUGUCGGAAAGUGUAACAUUGCCAAACUCUUUUAAGUCAUCACUGAACGACAGUACCAAAGUCAGUUUUGUACAUUCCAAACCAAAGCUAUCAGAUGCUCUUGUCUUGAAUUCUGUUUCAAAAUUAGAGAAUUUAGACAUGUCUCAGGGCAGUUCAAAGCCAUACCACUAUGGUGCUACAAGCAUUACUACCUGUGUUCAUUCAUCCAUGUCUCCUGUAUCAUCGUCUUUAUCAUCGACAGCAAUUGAGAAUCUAACAAGUAAUCUUCGCUCAAAGCUAAGUCGACAAUUAGAUUCACCUAGUGCUUCCUCCCCUGUGCCAUCAAUGUCACCCAUUACAAACUCUACAUUAUUUCUUGGCAUCUGUGAUGAGCAUCCACAGGGUCGUGUUCAGGGCGUUGAAUGUCCAAAAUGUGAUAUGAUACUAGGGUCCUCUCAGUCAUUAGGAGGUCACAUGACCAUGAUGCAUUCACGUAAUUCAUGUAAGACUUUAAAAUGUCCAAAAUGUAAUUGGCAUUACAAGUAUCAAGAAACACUGGAAAUUCAUAUGAAGGAGAAACAUCCAGAAGGGGACCAGCAGUGUAUAUACUGUCUAUCAAACCAGGCUCAUCCACGAUUAGCGAGAGGUGAGAGUUACUCUUGUGGCUACAAACCUUACAGGUGUGAGGUUUGUAAUUACUCCACAACAACGAAAGGCAAUCUCAGUAUUCAUAUGCAGUCUGAUAAACAUUUAAACAAUGUUCAGGAUUUGGCAAAUGGAGGUGGAGAACUGAAACUCCAAGCCCCUCCUCAACAACAGCAACUACAACAACAACAACAGCAAUCUCAACAACAACAAGUACAGGAACAGACCCCACAACAGCAAUCCUUACCAUCCAUUAAUGAUGCACAACUAAAGAAAAACAACAAACCUAAACCUACAUGGAGGUGUGACGUCUGUAAUUAUGAAACUAAUGUUGCACGAAAUCUACGCAUUCACAUGACAAGUGAAAAACAUACGCAUAAUAUGAUGGUACUACAGCAGAACAUGAAGCACAUGCAACGGGACAUGCAUAUUCAACAGAUGAAUCAACUGAUGUUACUUCAGAAUGACCCAGCUUUCAUAACAGGCUAUCCCAGCAGUAUUCCAGCCUCUAACAUGCCAUUUAAUAUAGAGCAAUCUCUCUAUGGGAAUGCUGUUCCCAGCUCAUAUGGAGAAAUCCCAAUGGAUCUGAGAAAGGAGAAUGGAGGAAUUGGUGUUUCAUUUGAUCCACAAACUCCCGACAGUUCUAGACUCUAUAAUUGUUGUGUUUGCAAUUUAUAUGUUACUGAUUCACUUGAAUCUCUUCAUCAGCAUUUACAAGUCGAUCGCACUAAGCAAAGAGAGUCAGAGACAAUUUCUAUAUCACAAGGUACAUAUAUAUGUAACCUGUGCUCCUAUAAGACUAACUUGAAAGCGAACUUCCAACUGCACUGUAAAACUGACAAACAUUUGCAACGAUUGCAGCUUGUCAAUCACAUCAAAGAGGGAGGAUCUAAUAAUGAAUGGCGACUCAAGUAUCUCAAUGUAAGCAAUCCAGUUCAGGUACGAUGCAAUUCUUGUGACUAUUACACAAAUAGUAUUCAUAAGUUACAAAUCCAUUCUGGAAAUCCUAGACAUGAGAAGAAUGCCCAGCUUUUCCAUUUCUUGCAGCUGGGAGAAAGCAAAAUUAAAAGCAAAUCCAAAUAUUACCACUGCACUCUAUGUAAUUUUUCGACAAGAGCCAAGCUCAACAUGAUCCAGCAUGUACGUGCUAUGAAACAUCUACACAACGAACAGAUCAAACAGCUACAGAUGAAAGAACAAGGUGUGACUGACAUUGACCCUGGAGAAAUUUUCCAAGUUAAAGAAUACAAUGAAAGUGAAGAAGACCAAAUCAAGUUUGAUGAAGAAGAUGGAGAAUUAGAUGAUGAAGAUACUGUGACCUCGUCUUACGAAAACGACAUUCAGGACAAGUUUGAUCAUCCAACGACCAGUAAAGAAAGCACACCAGAAAGUUUAGAUCGAGCAAAAACACCUACAGAAUCGAAAGAGGAUCAAAUACAUGUUUGUCCCUACUGUAACUAUAGCAGUGUUAAUGAAAUGAGGAUACAAGCCCAUGUUAUAUCUCAGCAUUCUCAAAAUGACUCAAAGAUUCUCUGCCCACUUUGCCAAGAAGACUUUAAAGAGAAACGUGGAUUAGAGAAACAUUUGAUGAACACACAUAGCGUAAAACCAGAAGGUCUUCAACGUCUUUUGUUAAUGGUUGACCAAGGAGAUUGGAUGAUGCCACCAACAAGUAUACCAACAGUUACACCAUUUAUGCCCAUUGAUGAAUUUGGGGAGAUUAAUACUGAAGCUUUAGAAGCUGAAGCUGCUCGUCUAGCUGCCGAAGAAGCCAUAGACACAGCAGCUGUACUAGAUAAGAAUGAUGCUGAUGAUCAGUACCGAUGUCAGACAUGCUCAAAAACAUUCACCAACAUUGAUGGAUUGUAUGCUCAUCAGAAUGAACUUGGACAUUUAGAAUUGAAACAGACCCCGCGGGGGCCAGGAUAUCUGUGUUGGAAGAAAGGAUGUAAUCAGUAUUUCAAAACUGCUCAAGCUCUUCAAGUCCACUUCAGAGAAAUCCAUGCCAAACGACAACCAAACAUUACUGAUCAUUCCGCAUACAAGUAUGAGUGUAAUCAGUGCAGCCUAGCAUUUAAAUCACCUGACAAACUUCAACUUCAUUCACAUUUUCACCUGAUUCAGUCUGCCACUCGAUGCAGUUUCUGUUCUAGAUCAUUCCGAUCCAUUGCAGCAUUGCGUAAACACAUUGACACUGGACAUUCAGAAAUCAGUGAGAUUGAGAAAGAGCAAUAUCAUGCAUCAAUGAAUGUUGCUUCAAUGGCGUUAGGAGCAGUGUUGAAACAGUCAGGAGUGGAAAAUCUUUCUGACAUCAUAAACACAAAUUCUGAAGGAUCUACAACUGUCAAUGCUGUCAUGACCCCUGUUGCUAGUACAAUACAGGCAGAAAAACUGUUGGCCAAAACAGAUAUGAACUCAAAUGAAACGGUUGGAAAAGUUGAUGAAAGUAUGGAUACCGACAAUUCAUCACUUAUUGAGAAUGAUUUCGAAGAUGAAAACAUGGACACAAGUGAGAGAGAAGAUGCAGGAGAUAUGCCCUAUAAAGAACAGCAAUUUCUGGAGGACUAUAUUAAUAGUCAGGCUAUUGCAGAGAACAGUUAUGAAGAUCCAUCACGUAAAUUUAAGUGCCAUCGUUGCAGACUAGCAUUCACAAAACAGAAUUAUUUGACAGCACAUAAUAAGACAUUGUUGCACAGAAGAGGAGACAAAAUAAGCUAUCCAAUGGAAAAAUAUCUUGAUCCAAAUCGUCCUUUUAAGUGUGACGUCUGCAAGGAAUCUUUCACACAGAAAAACAUUUUACUUGUUCACUAUAACUCUGUGUCACAUUUACAUAAACUGAAACAGAUAACUCAAGGAUCUCCAUCAUCAAUGUCUGCUCCACCAGCAGAAAGUUCAGAGUCAGAAUUAAUAAAUACAACUACUACAUCCCCAAUAGUGAACGGUGAAAGUGACAAACUAAAGCCAUACAAGUGUAAUAUAUGUAAAGUGUCAUAUUCUCAAGGAACUACUUUGGACAUUCAUAUACGAUCUGUAAGCCAUCAGAAUAAGGCUUCAAAACUGCAAGAAUUGGUGCUAACUGGACAAGUUGAUAUAAUGCAGCCAUUGAUUGAACAGCCAAGCGAUCCUCAGAUGUCACAACAACAGAAGAUGUUGUCAGAAAUUAUAGCUCAGCAAUCGUCUGCUUUUAACCAAUCAAUGUUGUUCUCAGGCAUGCCAGGAUUUGGAGAUUAUGGACAGUUUCCAAUGACAACAGGAUUACCACUGUUGCUACCGAAGAUGUCAAUUCCAGAGACAGUUACAACCUCAAGUACAUCUACCAAAUCUUCAACUGUCAUAAAGUCAGAAAGAAUCGACUCAAAGUCAAAGUUUGCAAUCAGUGAACAAGAAGAAAUGAAUGGACUUCAUAUGUUAGCUCAAGCUGCUGCCAACAAUGAUAUUGUGAAGAAAGAAUUGGCUGAACUUGUGAAAGACUCACCAAGUGUUGUAGGACCUACUUAUCUCUGCCAGUUAUGUAAUGCUGUAUUCACCAAUCAGGACUCAUUACAACAGCAUCAGAUAAUAUGCAUGUACCAGGCUGGUAUGACUACUCCAACUUCUCAUAUGAGACCAAAAAGUCUUAUGGGACGUGUCAGUUCGCAAGUUCAUCGAAAUUUACUGGAGAAUAUUGGGUUUGAAUGUGUGAUGCAGUUUAAUGAGUUCAACAACCAGCCAGCUUCAAUGAGGGAGGAAGCAUUAGACAAAGCUGAGACAGAAUUUGAAAUUAAGCAAGAGAUUAAAGAGGAGAAAGAUGAUGAAUCUGAUAAGAAAGAGGAUUUACCUGAAUUAAACAAAGGAGUAUGUCCCACAUGUCACAAAGAGUUUUCCAGUGUCUGGGUUUUAAAAGCUCAUCAGGAGGAAGUUCACAAAGAAGUGGUACCAACAAUAUUUGUUGAAGAUUUUGGUGAACAAUUCAAAAAUGAUAUGGACAUAAAACAAGCAAAGGAAAACGACAGUUUACAGUUAGGUGCUCUCAAUGAUGCUGCCAUCAAAGAAGGCAGUGUUAAAGAUAUGCCUCCACCGCCAGCACCACCACCUCCUCCACCAUUGAUGAGUCCACAAGUAGAUAUGUCACAAAUGAUGCCAAUGUAUGGAAUGCAUCUUCCCAUGCCACUCAAUAUGGCCAUGAUGAAUAUGCAGCCACAACUGAUGCCAAUGAUGUUCCCAGUUAGUACUCCCGAUGGUUUGACCUCACCAAUGGGUGUUGGUGAUGCAGGUUUGCAGAGUUCUCAGUCAAAGAUGCCAUCAGGACAACAAGCUGCAGCUGUGGCUGCCAUGCAAAAUCAAAACAAGCGAGCCAGGACACGCAUCAAUGAUGAGCAGUUGAAAGUCCUAAGAGCAUAUUUUGACAUCAAUAAUUCACCAAGUGAGGAGCAAAUCAAUGCUAUGUCAGAACAGUCUGGUCUUCCAACUAAAGUCAUCAAACACUGGUUCAGGAAUACACUAUUUAAAGAAAGACAAAGGAACAAGGACUCACCAUACAACUUCAACAAUCCUCCACUGACCACACUUGAUUUGGAGGAAUAUGAAAAGACUGGGAAGAUAACAUCAUCAGAUGAUCCUCAAGAAAUAGUGAUAAAGAAAGAGGUGGAUAUCAUGGAAGAACCAAGUAUUGGUAGAAUUAGUGAGAAGGAAGUGCUACCUUCUCUAACCGAAACUAAACCCAAUCCAUCUCCAAUUGUAUCUUUGCAGUUGACUGCACCUAUUUCUGCUUUGAAACUGGAACCUCCACCCAAGACAGAAUCUCCUAAGUCACAAGACACAAUGAUGGAUGACAGCGACAGUAUGUCUAACUCAUCUGGACCACCAGCAACUUCAUCAUUUUCAGCUCCACCACCUCUUGUCAACAUCAACAUGUCUACUGCGCUCAGCUUCAGUUCAAAUGUGGAAGAAAUUCGACCAAGAUUUGAAUUCUCUCCUCAUCAUUCAGCUUACAACAAGAGAGCCAAUCGAACCAGAUUUACUGACUACCAGAUCAAAGUUCUUCAAGAAUACUUUGAACAGAAUGCCUACCCAAAAGAUGAUGAGCUGGAUCAUUUGUCCAAGAUUCUCAAUUUAAGUCCAAGGGUUAUUGUUGUAUGGUUUCAGAAUGCUAGACAGAAAGCUAGAAAGAUCUAUGAAAAUCAGCCUAACCCAGAAGUAGCUGCAAAGGAAACUUCCUCAAAUUCACCAUUUAACAGAACUGCAGGUCUCAACUACCAAUGCAAGAAGUGUACAGCUGUAUUUCAACGAUACUAUGACUUGAUUCGACAUCAAAAGAAACACUGUAAUGCUGGAGAUGGUGACAAAUCACAGUCUGUAAGCACAUAUAAUGAAGAUGAUGAUAGCAAUGAUUCUCUCUCCAGCAUGUCAAAAGAUGAACUGAACUUAUCAGAGGAUGGAUCAUUAAACUCAUAUGAGCUAUCAGGGGAACAGGAUAUGUCAACUGGAAUUAAAUUCAACUGCGAGAAAUGUAACAAGUCAUUUGAUAAGCUUGAAGCCUGGCGUGACCACCAAAACAUCCAUAUGAGUGGCAACCCAUUCUCAGGACUGGCAACAAACAGUGCUUUUGGAGUGCUGCAGAAUAUGGCUGCUGCCCAACAAAUAGAAUCAGACAAGUUAAAAAGAAAAUAUGAAGUUUUUUUAGAUGAUGAUGAUCAUGAUCAGCCAAGAGAUAAAAGGCUAAGGACAACUAUUUUGCCUGAGCAGCUAGAUUACUUGUAUCAAAAAUAUCAGCUUGAUUGCAAUCCAAGUCGUAAACAGUUGGAAAAUAUCUCAAGAGAUGUCAACUUGAAGAAACGUGUUGUACAAGUAUGGUUCCAGAAUACUAGAGCUAGAGAACGUAAAGGACAAUAUCGAGCACAUCAGCAACUGAUACACAAACGCUGCCCAUUCUGCCGAGCAUUGUUUAGAGCCAAAUCUGCACUAGAAUCCCAUCUUGCAACAAAACAUCCAGAAGAAAUGGCUAAAGGAGAUAUUAACAUAGACAAUAUUCCUGAUGCUGCACUGGAAAGUCCAUCAGAAUGUCUGUCAGUAGCAUCCUCAAUGUUUACAUCUACACCAACAUCUGCUGAUUUUAGCAAGAUGAUUUCACCUCAAAGCAUGCAGUCAUUCCUGCCAAUACUUCCAUCUCCUGGAGCCAUGCCAGGUUUACCCAAUGAUCCACUACAGAUGUCAAUGACAAAAUUUUAUGCUGACUCCUUCAAGAAGUACAUGAAUGAGUUGUCUGCUCCUGAAUCCAAGGAGGAAGAGAAAACAGUGCCAUUGCCAUCACCAGUAAAGACUCAUGAGAGUAAGCCAAAGCCAUCACUGAGUAGUAACGAAGAUGAAGCUCCCUUAGACCUGAGCAAACCCUUGAAGGUGAAAGUAGAAAAUGAUAAAACAUCAGAUGGUCCAUCAACAGAUAUUAGUGAGAACUCCAGUGACAACAUGAAUAUGUCUAGACACUUUGAUGAUUCUGCAUCUGAUGUUUCCAUGAAUAAAAGUGAUUACUACAACAACAGUCAGCAUGCUAUCAAUACCAGUGGUCCUAACUCUCCAGUAUCCGUCAGUCACAGUAGCAGCCUUUCUGCAAGUCAAGCAUCAAAACGUUAUCGAACUCAAAUGACCAGCCUUCAAGUGAGAAUUAUGAAGACCAUCUUUGUUGAUUACAAAACUCCAACCAUGGCUGAAUGUGAAAUGUUGGGAAGGAUCAUUGGUUUACAGAAACGAGUGGUACAAGUAUGGUUCCAGAAUGCCAGAGCUAAGGAAAAGAAAUCCAAACUUCAAAUGUCCAAAACAUAUGGUACCAAUCCAGACCUUGACUUUCACAAACCUCCAGAGGAAUGUAAAUUGUGUAACUUUAAGUAUUCCCAUAAGUACACUAUCCAAGACCACAUCUUCACCAAGAAACAUAUAGAGCAUGUUCGUAACUACGUCCAGUCCCAAUCUGAAGCAGAGAGUCACCUUUCCAGUCAAGGUAUGGCAGGAUUGACUGGUUCCAUGAACAAACAAACAGAUAGGAAACAGUGGGAGGACCAGUCAUCACAGUCACACUUAGCACAGCUUCAGUCUAUGGGAAUGGGAAUGCCACUUGCUGGAUUAUCUGGUCUUGGUUCAUCGUUUAAUCCAAGUGACAUUCUGAAGAAAGAUAAAGAUAAUAGUGGGGACAAAAAGUCACCUGAAGGAUCCAACAAAGACCUAAUGAACAUGGACCCUACUCAGCUGGCUGCCAUGAUGUCAUCACCCUUCUCAGGAUUUUUCCCGGGCAUUGAUCCAGCAAUGCUGCCUUAUAUGUACGCAGGAUUUCCAGGAUACAUGCCAGGUAUGGGCAUGCCUUUCAUGCCCCCAGGAUUUAUGCCUGGUGCAGAACAGCUAAUGGGAGGAUUUGAUCCUAUGUCAUUUGGAACUCCUCUACCUUUAUUGCAAAUCCCACCACAAGCUAUUAAAGAUGUCAGUGUAAAACUUUCUGAGCCAAAAGCAUCAGUUGCUCAAUACACUCAGGACUGUAAAUCAAUUUCCAGUUUGAAAUCUCUUGUAAACAAUGUAGACUAUUUAUGUGUUCGUGAAUCAACGGUGGAUGUUGGAUAUAUAUGUAAGAAAUGUCAAAUGGUCUAUCCAGGGAAAGAAGCAUGUCUGGGACAUCAGAGGACAAUGUGUUUCGCCGGUGGUAAAAUUCCAGAUAACAUCAGUCCCGUAUUAAAGCUUGAACAGAUUCAAUACGAAUGUAAACUGUGUUCUGAUAAAUCGUCUACAGUUCAAGAGUAUAAAUCCCACUGUCAGUCAGAGGGACAUAAAGCCAAAACUGCCAGAAUCCAAAACAAGUCGGGAAAAAUACACAGUCCUGUCAGUUCUGUUCCGCCAUCACCAUCAAAGACACCAAGUUCUUCCAACCCUAGUGUAUCCCCAUUGCCAAAAACUGACCUCAAUUCUCCAGGUUUCUCACGACCAAAGGACAAUGCAUCUAAUGCAAAAUGAUUUGUAGUAAUUGUGUAAUUGAUUACUUAAGUGCUAUUGAUUUUAUUAUAUGUCAUUUUUAAUUUUUGUUUUUAGAGACAUAUGUACUGCACCGUAUUAAAUAUGGUGUAUGAAUAUUGAACUACACAACUCUUGCUAUGUAAGUUCAUGCAUCUAUUGUUUUUUCUGUCAUGAAAUGUGUUUUUUCUGUGUCCUGCAGCUUACACAUGUUUUAACUGCCAUUUUAAGUUUCCGAAGGUUGUGUUUGUAUGUUGGUUGUUUUGGAUCAAUGCCAGAUUUUAUGGCAGUUAUAGUGAAACAUUCCUUAAAUUUAUUGGAAGCAAAAAAUGCCAAUCAUACAAUUGCAUUUUUCUUGUUAACUUUUUUGUUUUGCAAAGAUUUGAAGAAAAAAAUUAAGGGCUUAUUUGUUUAGUCCCAGACUUUUACUGAAUAUAUUUGUUAGUGUUAUAAUUGCAUUUAGAUUUUAAUACAUUUUAUAAUUUCAUUAUUAAUUUUUUGUUCAAAAUGUUUAUUUUUUCAUCCCUGUAUCUGGGACCUAGUGUAAUACAAAGCAUAUUAUAUGAACAUAUAUAUAUAUAUCUAUAAACUAUAUAUACCUAUAAGUUAGUCAUUUUAUUGUUAUAGUCAUAUUGAUUUUUUUCAUGAUAAGCUUACAUAAUAGUUGUAGACAGUCACAUCCUUUGUCCAGUUUUUAGAACUGGAUUGGGUCGUACAAACGAAAACGUAAUUUUUAUAAUAAAACAAGCAAAGUUAUGACUAUGUAUGAUGAUAAAUAGUAGAUAUGAAUGCUAGAAAUGGUUAUGUUUUGUGAUGAAAAUGUGAGGGUCUUUGAAUGGGUAUAGCAGCAUGAAGUAUACAUUAUAUAGCAUAUACAUAUAUUUCUAUAUUACUAACUUUUUGCCAUGUUAGAAUUUUAUCAAGUCUGAAGGUUUGAAAUAUAAUAAGCCCUUAAGGGGCAAACAUUUUUGGUAAAGUUUGCAUGCAUUUAUUAGUUUCAUUAUUUUUGGUCAUAGAAGAUGGUAUCUUUGUUUAUUAUUAUUAUUACUUCUAUGUAUUCAUUUGAGUUUAAUUUUGCUGCACAAUGAAAUUGAAUGAAAAAAUCAAGGAUAUUUUAAAUGAAUUUAAGAUUAAUUGCAUAGUUACAUGAGGGUCUGGGUGUGGUUUAAAGAACAAGGAAUAAUGAGCAACAUAUAAAAGAAUAGAGAAUAAUUAGGUGCUUAAAUUUAAAGAAUAGUGAUAAAUGGCCCCCAAAAAAAUUAUAAGACAGAAAUGAAGGAUCCCAUCCAGAUCCUGUUACAAAUUAGCUUUAGCAUCUUGAUUUCAACAUAUCUCAUUUGCCACAUAUCAUAUGCUUCCUCAGAAUGAUUCUGAUGUUGAUCGUUAAGGGUAUUUUUUCUUAGAUCUCCAAAAUAAACAAAAUAGUGACCUCAUAACGAAAUCCUUACAUGUACAUAGUCAUUCUCUCAGUGUUGUAUAUGCAACUUGUUACAUUUUUUUUUAUUUCAUCCAGUUAUGUUAAAAGAGUUAAAUUUUAGUCAGAUGUUGUUAGCGUUCUACCUUGUGUUUGAAAGAGUUUUCAAGAAGAAAAAAUCCUUGUAACAUUUAAUUUUUCUGUUAAAAGUGUUAUUAAUGUUCUAUGAGCUCAUUUGAUGGGACCAAAUUGUUUAUGACCAUCAGUUUUGAUGUAUUGAUGUAAUGAGUGUAAACAAUUAUAAAUUAAAAUCAAAUUAUUGUUGUACCCAUUUAAUAUUUUAAAAGUAUUGUAGAAAAAUCAAAAUCCAGGAAAAAAAUAUUUCUGUCAUUCACAAGGUAAAACUUUAUACUGUUAAACUGCAAUCUCAGUUGUUAAAAUUGUUAUACUUUUGUUAGGGUUCAAAGUUCAAACAAGGUGCUUUUUAGUCUACAUUGGACUAAAUCUAAGUCAAUAUUUCUCUGUUUUCUUUUCCAGAUUUUUUUUUCAUUAUUUUUUUGCUCUGACAUAAUGUUGUUAUCUCUGUUAAAGGGAGUAUUAUUUUAAAGUAUUUUAUCAGCAAAAAUAUUACUAGUUGAACUAGUACAGGUCUUUAUAAAUAAUGUCAAUAUUUUAGACAUUUUCUUAAAAUGGUUAUGUAGUCUGCUUUGCAAAUAUAAAAUCUAAAAUAAAAAUACAUAUAAA